AUGUCUCCUCUCACUCGCCCGAUCGAAUCCCCAAGCAAAGUCGGUACUCCCAACGAGCUCCCAGCCAGACCCAGAUCUGGCUUUUUUUCGCCCCCGUCCAGUACGGGCCAUCCGAGUCCGCCGCAGGCGGAUCUCAUAAAGAAACCCCCGACCGACCUCGCCUCGAACGACGGCACCCCGGUGCCCGCGAGCGAAUCGAACGAGCAGUCCGUCGAGAAUGGAAAGGAAACUGCCGGCUGCCACGAGCAGCCAGUCGAGUACGAGACGGGACCUGAAUGGUCGCCGCGGGCCAUCAUGGCCAAAACACAGGUCGACGAAGACCUGAUAUCCGAGGUCCUGCACGAGAACGUGCAGAAUGAAGACCAGGAGAAGCGGAUGGAAGAUGAGAUCUUCCAGGCCGAGAUGGGGGAGAUGAAGGAGUCUGGGACCGCCGACGGUCCCCAUGUCGAGAAAGACACAGCCACGGCUGUUCUCGACGUCCCGUCUGCUCGCCCUGCGUCGCCGAUGAAGCAGGAUGUCACCGCUGAGCGGGGCACUGCCAAGGCCGAGCAGGACGUGCCCGGCAAACCCCAGGUCGCUGAAGACCAGAGACCCAAGGUCCCGCCCAAGAAGGGGAUGAGUGACGGCGAGAAGAUGCGGAUGGCAUUCUGGAUCUUCCAGGCCAGGAUGUGGGCGAUCAAGAAGUUUGGGACCGCCAAACCUGAGUGGUCCCGUGUUGCGGACUCGACACCCGCCGACGCUCCCGAAGAGCCGAGAUCUGAGGCCUCGUACAGGAAGGCGCUGGCUACCGACCAGAAGAGGCGGAUGGAAGAUAUUAUCUUCCGGGCCAAGAGGAGGGAGGAGAUGGCCGGUGGAGCUACCGGCGAGGACGAGAUAGAGGAGCUGCAGCAGCUUUCUCUCGACGUAUCGGCGGAAACCGACGCCGGAGAUGCACGCAUCCCGGAGGAGUCCAAGGACCCCGAGGGCAACUAG